AUGGCAUCGGAGAAGCAUGACGCGCCUCUUGCGUCGAACUCAUCCGACAGUGAUGUCGAGGUUGUCUCGGGUACCAUCAAUGAGAAGAAGCUACUACGAACGCUGGAUUUGAGAUUGUUGCCCGCGGUAUCAGUCCUGUAUUUGUUGAGUUUCCUCGAUCGCAGCAAUGUCGCCAACGCCCGCAUCGAAGGCCUCACGACCGACCUGAAUAUGACAGGAAACCAGUAUCUCACAGGUCUUACGCUGUACUUCAUCGGUUACGUCUUGUUUGAGCUACCAUGCAACAUCAUCCUCAAGCGAACCACACCGAAGUUCUGGUUACCGACGCUUACAAUAGUUUGGGGUAUCGUCGCAACAUUGAUGGGUGUCACACAGAAUCGAGAGGGCUUCUUCGCCGUGCGUUUCUUUUUGGGUGUUGCCGAGUCUGGACUAUUUCCAGGUGUGGUAUACUACUUGAGCAUGUGGUACAAGCGCGAAGAGCGCCAAUAUCGCAUUUCGUUAUUCUUCAGCUGCGCUUCGCUUGCUGGAGCUUUUGGUGGAAUUUUGGCGUACGGAAUCGCGCACAUGCGUAAUGUUGGAGGAUACGAGGGUUGGCGAUGGAUCUUCAUUCUCGAAGGUCUUCUCACCAUUGUGAUUGGAGUUGUCGCGUACUGGUUCAUUUCCAACUACCCAGGCACAGUCAGCUGGCUCAGCAAAGAAGAGCGAACCUUCGUGCAAGCGCGCCUCAAAGCCGAUAGUGACGCUACAAACGAGGAGGCGUUCUCGUGGGCUGAAGUGCUAGUUGCAGCCAAAGACAUUAAGAUCUGGUUGUACGCCUUUGCUUUCCAUACCAUGAGCUUACCUUUGUACACGCUAUCAUUGUUCCUACCAACGAUCAUCCGCGAUAUGGGCUAUACGUCAGCUCAGUCCCAACUCCUCUCUAUUCCGCCUUAUGCAGUCGCAACCAUCUUUACAAUAUUCUGGGCUAUACUUUCCGAGCGCUAUGCCCGUCGCGCACUCUUCAUCCUCACAACCUCCACCGUCGCGAUCAUCGGCUACAUCAUUCUUCUCGCGAACACCGACCCCAAGGCACGGCCUGGCGUUUCCUACGUCGGGACUUUCUUUGCUGCUAUCGGCAUAUACCCCUCCGUUGCAUUGAUCCUCUGCUGGCCAGCGAUAAACGUAAGCGGCCAGACGAAACGAGCGACGGCGAAUGCAAUGCAGAUCAGUAUCGGUAAUCUGGGAGCCGUGCUGGGUACGCAGUUGUAUCGCGCAAACUCUGGGCCACGGUAUAUUCUUGGCCAUAGUUUUGCGCUUGGGUAUUCAUGCCUAAACCUGAUCGUUGUUGGGGUGUUGUUGAUAGUACUGAAGAAAGAGAAUAAAGAAAAGGAGAGAAUCUUAUUGGAAAGACCGGAUACUCGCGGUUUUCAUGACACCGCGGAAGAUCUGGCGAUGGGAGAUCGCCAUCCGCGGUGGAAAUUCCAGGUUUAG